ACCAGGGGGCGCUGUACCCCAAACUGUCCAUCAUCUGACGGACGCUCAGCUGGCCCUCCACUAGUUUUUGACAACAACGAUUCUGUCGACAAUGUUCACAUCUUGACUAUCGGCCCCCAAAAUUACAACAACUUCCUAUUAGUCUGUUGCCUUUUGUUCUUUGAAGUUAUUCACCAUGGAGCCGUCUGCGCCCAAAAGCAAGCUGAAAAAGCUGAGUGAAGACAGUUUGACCAAACAACCAGAGGAAGUGUUUGAUGUUUUAGAGAAACUCGGUGAAGGUUCCUAUGGCAGUGUGUUCAAAGCCAUCCAUAAGGAGUCAGGCCAGGUGGUGGCCAUUAAGCAAGUUCCUGUGGAGUCUGAUCUGCAGGAGAUCAUCAAGGAGAUUUCCAUCAUGCAGCAGUGUGACAGCCCUUACGUAGUGAAGUACUAUGGCAGCUACUUCAAGAACACAGACCUGUGGAUUGUCAUGGAGUACUGUGGAGCCGGCUCUGUGUCUGACAUCAUCAGAUUGCGCAACAAGACAUUGACAGAAGAUGAGAUUGCAACUAUCCUGAAGUCGACACUGAAAGGUCUUGAAUAUCUUCACUUCAUGAGGAAGAUCCAUCGGGACAUCAAGGCAGGAAACAUCCUCCUCAACACUGAGGGACACGCUAAACUGGCAGACUUUGGAGUUGCUGGACAACUAACGGACACAAUGGCAAAGAGAAACACUGUGAUUGGUACUCCAUUCUGGAUGGCCCCUGAGGUGAUCCAGGAGAUUGGCUACAACUGCGUGGCUGACAUCUGGUCCCUGGGCAUCACGUCUAUAGAGAUGGCAGAGGGCAAACCUCCCUAUGCUGACAUCCAUCCCAUGAGAGCGAUCUUCAUGAUCCCCACCAACCCUCCUCCAACAUUCAGAAAGCCGGAGCUUUGGUCAGACGAAUUCACAGACUUUGUCAAGAAGUGUCUGGUCAAGAAUCCAGAGCAGAGAGCGACUGCCACGCAGCUCCUGCAGCACCCAUUUAUCAGCCAGGCCAAGCCGGUCACAAUCCUAAGAGACCUGAUAACCGAGGCCAUGGAGAUGAAAGCCAAGAGGCAGCAGGAGCAGCAGAGAGAGCUGGAGGAGGAGGACGACAACUCUGAGGAGGAGACGGAGGUGGACUCUCACACUAUGGUGAAGUCGGGCUCAGAGGGCGCAGGAACCAUGAGGGCCACCAGCACCAUGAGUGAUGGGGCGCAGACCAUGAUUGAACACGGCAGCACCAUGCUAGAGUCAGACCUGGGCACUAUGGUCAUCAACAGUGAUGAUGAUGAAGAGGAGGAGGAAGACCAGGGAUCCAUGAGGAGACACGCCACCCCCCAGCAGCCGAUACGUCCGUCCUUCAUGGACUACUUUGACAAGCAGGACUCUAACAAAGCAGCCCAGCAGCAGGAGAACUACAACCACAACCAGCCACAGGAGCAGCCCGGCUACCAUAUCCAGUCCAAGAAUGUCUUCCCGGACAACUGGAAGGUGCCUCAGGACGGAGACUUUGACUUUCUGAAGAACCUGGACUUUGAGGAGCUGCAGAUGCGCCUGACUGCCUUGGAUCCCAUGAUGGAGCGGGAGAUUGAGGAGCUCAGGCAGCGGUACACAGCCAAAAGGCAGCCCAUCUUGGAUGCCAUGGAUGCCAAGAAGAGACGACAACAGAACUUCUGAGUGUCCCACCCUCUAGUCUCCCAAAACCACCAUCACCACAAAACUUACGUCCCAUUGACUCAGAGGAAGUACGAUGACCUUAGUGUCUUUGUUGGAAGCCCACUGCUGUUCUAACUGACUGCUAGUUGGCCUCUGAAUGAAGUCGGAUGCUACUUUUACAUCCAUUUUGGCUCCUGGAAUCUAUACUCGUCUGCCUUGUUUCCAUCUACACCAUGUCUAGAUGCCGUUCCUCCAUUUUAAAUCUUAUAUUUGUUUCUACAAGUCCUGCAAAGUUGCUUUCCCAUGAAUGAUGCUCAGGACUGCGGCCAAAGAAAGAACAAAGGCCUCGUUGUUAUAUGUCUGAAAGUCACAACACGAACUUCCCCUUUUCCAAAUGAAAUCAAGUUCCAUGUCACACAGAAAACCCCUCGGGGAAUCCCCAUUAACACGUAAAGGAGCCUGUCGUCUGGCAGUAGCAGCAGUAUAAUCACAGUGGUCAACGGCAAGUGGUCGUCUUUUCCUCAGACUUUUUCAGUGUAAAUAUAAUACAGAGCCUAGUUUGGAAAUACCUGCAACACAAAGCUGUGGAGGCUUGUCCAUGACCAAAGACAAUCAAGGUGAUGUUGAUGAAGUUGAGAAUGCCUUAAAAUAAGCAAUGUAAAAAAACAACAACAACAACCAAGUCAUCAGGUGUUAAAAUCCAUAUCCUCGCUUGGAGAUGAGUCGGACACGGACUGUGGAAAGCUGCGAGAGUGGACAGUAAUGUCACGUGGGCAGUGAAGAACGGAUCGUGCAUGUUUUUCAUGGCGGACCAGAAAAUUCUCAACUUUCAUUCGUCUUAUCAUUUAUUUAAUUAUGUUCCUUUUGAGUAAGAUGUUCUGGGCUUCUUUUAAACACCCAGUGCACUGUCUACAUUGACUCCACGCAUCUUAGUGCCUCAUAAAACACCUGUCCCACUCACCUACCGCUCUUCGUGAACUUUAAAUGAGCUUUUCCUCGGCAAAAUGAUCCACCAUACUCAAAUUAAAGCUAGAGUUUGCACCCAAAUUCAUUCCUAAGUAAAAAAAAAAAAAAAAAAAAAAAGGUUUCCAUACAAGUGAAAGCAUUCCACAACACUGUUUAACUUUUAUUUAAUGUCCCUGCAAAAAACCUGCAGAUUUAUUUCAGGGUUUUAAUGAUUUUGUUUUCUUUGAUUGCUCCAAAUUAUGAUUGAGUAUGAUUUUCUAAAACAUUUCAACAAGAUGCAAAGCAGUGAAUAAAAUGAUAACAGGUCAGCACUCAGUGAGGGAAAUUAAGUAGUUGCGCAUGACUGGUCCUGCAAACGGUUUUUAUAUCUGUAGUCCAAGAAAAACACAUCAACUUCAAGUAGUUAGAAUUGAGAAUGUGCUGUUUUUGUUUUCUACAGUGCAGUUUUCUGACAUUUAGGUGACAUUACUAAUGAAGGAAUGAAGACACACUGUUGGUUCAUGCUGUGUUUUGUGCACAGGCUAAUUUUUAACUGCUAAAAAAAUGUAUGUACACAGAACUGUUCAGUGCAGUGGUCAGUUGUGUUGUUCCUUUGCAUUUAAAGGUCCUGUGUGUAGGAUUUAGUGACAUCUAGUGGUAAGGGAAUUACAGUGGCUGGCGCAAAACUGCAAAAGGCCUUUUCUAAAUUCAGUGUGUGGUUUGUCUGUUCUGGGCUACUGUGGAAAAACAUGGUGGACGCUCCACAUGUAGAUAAAAAUUACUCACUCUAAGGUAACUAAAAGACAAUGAUUCUUAUUUUCAGGAGAUGAUACACUAAUGAAAACACAGUUAUGAAUGUUAUAUUCCAUUUCUGCUGAUGUAUAUCUCUCUAACUCCUACACACUGGACCUUUAAGGAAAAUCAGAACCGUUUUUAUGUCAUGCAUUUAUCCUGAAAAAUAUAUCAGUUUUAAAAUUCUGAAUGUUGAAUUGAAAACUGUCUGCUCUUUUCACGAGGGAAACAAACUGCUCUGUUGUGGUUGUAGUUUAUCUUUGAAGUUCUGAUUUUACACGUGUGCUUAUAACGACCCUUUGAAUGAAUUCUGACUAUCUUUAAGAACAUGUACAAUAUGUCUGCAGGUUGCUGUUACCUAUGAAUGUUAAUAUGCAGCGGUGAUGGUUCAGCCCACACUUACUGCAUAUUAAUCGACAUUUUUGAUAAUGCUGUUACACUAUCGUAUGUCUCAUCUGAUCGGACAAUGUGGCCAAAAUGAGCUGACAUCUUUAAACACCAAAUUACAAUCAGUGUUGUCUCAGCUUUUGAAAGAUCACGUCUGUAUGUUUGAAUUAUUUUUUUUAACCUGUUCUUCUACAUAAAUCAUUAACGUUGUUGCCAUGAAUUGUUUUCAAGUCUGCAGUGCAUCGGCGACUUACACACAAGCAUUCACACUUUAUUUAUUAAACGUGUUUAAAACUU